AUUGUUGUCCCAAAUGAUCAGUCAAAGACAUGAAGACAUUUGAAUUAACCAUUUAUUGGUUUCUUUGGAUAUCAAGUCUUUGUUAUGCUUUAUAUUCAUUCAUAAAUCGUUCAAAAAGUUUGAUUCAAUUGCUUGAUCCCAAAGAUGUGGCCAAAGGUUGGCCGCUUAUCGGCGGCUUUCGGGAUGUCUCGGAUUACGAGUGGAGUGCCAUAAGACACACAUUCCUCAAGAACUUUGUUUUUAUCGUUGUUUAUAUACUCUUAACUCAAUUGAUAACCAAAUACAAAGUCAAAUAUUUGUCGCACUUUUUUAUUAUCUACACAUCUUUGGCAAUAAUUAAAGUUUUAAACGUGAAAUCAUUACUAAUUGUUUGGAUUAAUAUUAUUGUCUCUCUUGUGAUUCACAUCUUUGGAAAACAAUAUCUUUGUUAUUCGUUGUUUGUCUUCACGUUAUAUUCAGUUCACAAUUCACUUAUAUUUCCAGUGAAGACAUGGCUUGUUCUUAACGAAAGACAACAAUUCCUGUUUGAAGUAUGUAUGGCGUGGCUGAACGCCAAGUGUCUCAGCCUAUCCAUCGAUCGUAUCAAAAGUCACACUCAUAUGUCAUUAAAAUCACAUCAACUGAUCCAAUGUUUAGCCUAUUGUCUAUAUUUGCCGGCAUUCUUCACGGGACCCAUACAUCAAUACAAUACUUUUAUUAGUGAUAUGGACAAACUCAAGUCCGAUUGGACUUCCGAUCGUUUAAUGGCAAUUGUCGGACAAAUAUUUCGCUUCACGUUUUGGACAAUUAUCUAUGAACUGUUGCUUCACUUUGUUUUUUCGAGUUCAGUCCAAUUUUAUCCAGAGAUCACCCAAAUGUUGGACACCUGGUCUUUAUGUGGCUUAGGAUUUGCUUUACCAUUGAUGUUCUUCGUCAAGUACUUUAUACUAUACGGAUCAGUUGCCACAAUAGCAAUGAUCGAUGGCUUUGAAAUACCACCGCCGCCCAAAUGUAUCGCUCGUAUUCAUUCUUGUGUCUACUUAUGGCGUACUUUCGACAGAGGACUUCACUUAUGGCUAACAAAAUACUUUUAUAAACCAAUAAUCGGUUCCCAAUGGAAUCCAUUACGCAAACUAUUGGCCGGUUUUAUUUGUUUCUCCUGUAUCUGUCUCUGGCACGGCAUGGAUAGGGCGGUUGUCGUGUGGACUGCACUCAACUUUUUCGGUGUUUCCGCUGAAAUCAUUGGUACAUCAAUUCAAACGACAAACAUAUGGCUUUCAUUACGAAGCCAUAUUUCCGUUGAAAUGAAUGAUAGACUCAACGCCCUUAUCUCGAGUCCCUUCUUUGCCAUAGCCUAUGCUUCUAACCUAUACUUCCUGUCCAAUUGGGACGUCGGUCUGUGUUUUAUACAACGCAUAUUCACAUCAUUUCCCACACCAUUAUUACCGACACUUUUGAUUAUGUAUUUUGGAUGCAAUGUUUCAGCGCAUUGUAUUCAAAGAGAGAAAACCAAAUGA